CUCUCUCUCUCUCUCUCUCUCUCUCUCUCUCUCUCUCUGUCUCUCUGCACAGCGGUAUUACAGUCUAUUUACUGAGGGUGAAAAGGAGGGAUUCUACCACCCAACAAUCCUCGCCAUGGGAGAUAAAGGCACAAGGGUAUUCAAAAAAGCAAGUCCCAAUGGAAAGCUCACAGUGUACCUGGGGAAGAGAGACUUUGUGGACCACGUUGACCUGGUGGAACCCGUAGACGGCGUGGUGUUGAUAGAUCCGGAGUACCUGAAAGAGAGAAAAGUGUUUGUGACGUUGACUUGCGCCUUCCGUUAUGGACGUGAGGACUUAGAUGUUCUGGGCUUGACGUUUCGAAAGGACCUCUUCGUGGCCAACAUCCAGGCCUUCCCUCCAGUGCCCGAAGACAAAAAGAGGUUAACUCGCCUUCAAGAACGCCUGAUCAAAAAGCUUGGGGAACAUGCUCACCCUUUCACCUUCGAGAUUCCACUGAAUUUACCGUGCUCAGUCACCCUGCAGCCUGGACCGGAGGACACGGGGAAGGCCUGCGGGGUUGACUUUGAAGUCAAAGCUUUCUGCUCAGAGAACGUCCAAGACAAAAUACAUAAAAGGAACUCAGUGCGCCUGGUGAUCCGUAAGGUCCAGUACGCCCCAGAGAAGCCCGGCCCCCAGCCCAUGGCUGAGACCACCAGACAGUUCCUGAUGUCUGACAAGCCACUGCACCUUGAGGCCUCACUGGAUAAAGAGAUCUACUACCACGGGGAGCCAAUCAGUGUCAACGUCCACGUCACAAACAACACCAACAAGACAGUGAAGAAAAUGAAGAUUUCAGUGCGUCAGUAUGCAGACAUCUGCCUAUUCAACACGGCACAAUACAGAUGCCCGGUCGCAACAGAGGAGACAGAUGACGUGGUGGCUCCAAGUUCAACGUUUUGUAAAGUUUACACCCUCACCCCCUUCCUCAACAACAACCGAGAGAAACGUGGUCUGGCAUUGGACGGGAAACUGAAACACGAGGACACAAACCUGGCUUCUAGUACAUUGUUAAGAGAGGGAGCCAACAAGGAGAUCCUGGGUAUCAUCGUAUCCUACAAAGUCAAAGUGAAGCUUGUUGUGUCUCGAGGCGGAAUCUUAGGAGAUCUUGCAACAAGUUUCAUUUUCUUUUCCAGUGAUGUCCAUGUUGAGCUCCCCUUUACGUUAAUGCAUCCCAAACCGAUCGAAGAUGCAAUCUACAGAGAUGCUGCAGACGAGGCGCCAAUAGACACAAACUUGAUAGAAUUUGACACAAACGACGAUGACAUCAUCUUUGAGGAUUUUGCGCGGCAGCGGCUGAUCGGAGCGAAAGACGAUGAGGAUGAGGAGGGUACGGACUCUCCCAAGCUGAACCACAGAUAGAGGAGGGAGAUGGAAGCUGCUGUGUUGUUCCUGUGUUGUGGUACAGAGGAGCUACUGUGACUGGAGGAGAGAGGGAGACCCUUUAGAGUCCAGGGAGACCUUUUAAACACAUUCACAGUGGCGCCGUUGUCCUGUUUUUGUUCACAUUCGUCUUCUCCAUACAGCAAGGAUGUUAGAGAGAAAGUGUAGAGGAAAUGAGGCCUAGGUGUGGUUUGAGGUGGGUGGACCUUGAGGCCUAGUCGUGGUGUGGUUUGAGGGGGGUGGACCUUGAGGCCUAGUCGGGGUGUGGUUUGAGGGGGGUGGACCUUGAGGCCUAGUCGGGGUGUGGUUUGAGGUGGGUGGACCUUGAGGCCUAGUCGGGGUGUGGUUUGAGGUGGGUGGACCUUGAGGCCUAGUCGGGGUGUGGUUUGAGGGGGGUGGACCUUGAGGCCUAGUCGUGGUGUGGUUUGAGGGGGGUGGACCUUGAGGCCUAGUCGUGGUGUGGUUUGAGGGGGGUGGACCUUGAGGCCUAGUCGUGGUGUGGUUUGAGGGGGGUGGACCUUGAGGCCUAGUCGUGGUGUGGUUUGAGGGGGGUGGACCUUGAGGCCUAGUCGGGGUGUGGUUUGAGGGGAGUGGACCUUGGAGUAUGGACAUGGAGGAGGAGGUCUUGCUAAAAGCAGCACAAACUUGUGAUAAAUAAACUCCAGUGGUAGCAUACCAUUAAUGACUUUAUUAUACAUGGUUUCAUUAGGACUGAACAGUCACCUUUAACGACUCUGUUGUACAGUGCCUUGAGAAAGUAUUCACCCACCUUGGCAUUUUUCCUAUUUUGUUGCCUUACAACCUGGAAUUAAAAUAGAUUUUUGGGGGGUUUGUAUCAUUUGAUUUACACAACAUGCCUACCACCUUGAAGAUGCAAAAUAUUUUUUAUUGUGAAACAAAGAAAUAAGACAAAAAAACUGAAAACUUCAGUGUGCAUAACUAUUCACCCCCCCUCAAAGUCAAUACAUUGUCAAGCCACCUUUUGCAGCAAUUACACCUGCAAGUCUCUUGGGGUUUGUCUCUAUAAGCUUGGCACAUCUAGCCACUGGGAGUUUUGCCCAUUAUUCAAGGAAAAACUGCUCCAUCUCCUUAAAGUUGGAUGGGUUCCAUUUGUAAACAGCAAUCUUUAAGUCAUACCACAGAUUCUCAAUUGGAUUGAGGUCUGGGAUUUGACUAGGCCAUUCCAAGACAUUUAAAUGUUUCCCCUUAAAUCACACAAUUGUUGUUUUAGCAGUAUGCUUAGGGUCAUUGUCCUGCUGGAAGGUGAACCUCUGUCCCAGUCUCAAAUCUCUGGAAGACUAAAACAGGUUUCCUUCAAGAAUUUCCCUCUAAUUUAGCGCCUUUCAUCAUUCCUUCAAUUCUGACCAGUUUCCCAUUCCCUGACAAUGAAAAACAUCCCCACAGCAUGAUGCUGCCACCACCAUGCUUUACUAUGGGGAUGGUGUUCCCGGGGUGAUGAGAGGUGUUGGGUUUGCACCAGACAUAGCAUUUUCCUUGAUGGCCAAAAAGCUACAUUUUAGUCUCAUCUGACCAGAGUACCUUCUUCCAUAUGUUUGGGGAGUCUCCCACAUGUCUUUUGGCGAAUACUGAACGUGUUUGCUCAUUUUUUUCUUUAAGCAAUGGCUUUUUUUCUGGCCACUCUUCCACAAAGCCCAGCUCUGUGGAGUGUACAGCUUAAAGUGGUCCUAUGGACAGAUACUCCAGUCUCCGCUGUGGAGCUUUGCAGCUCCUUCAGGGUUAUCUUUGGUCUCUUUGUUGCCUCUCUGAUGAAUGCCCUCCUUGAGUGGUCCAUGAGUUUUGGUGGGUGGCCCUCUCUUGGCAGGUUUGUUGUGGUGCCAUAUUCUUUCCAUUUUUUUUAUAAUGGAUUUAAUGGUGCUCCGUGGGAUGUUCAAAGUUUUGGAUAUUUUUAUAACCCAACCCUGAUCUGUACUUCUCCACAACUUUGUCCCGGACCUGUUUGGAGAGCCCCUUGGUCUUCAUGGUGCCGCUUGCUUGGUAGUGCCCAUUGCUUAGUGGUGUUGCAGACUCUGUGACCUUUCAGACCAUGUGAUACUUAGAUUGCACACAGGUGGACUUUAUUUAACUAAUCAUGUGACUUCUGAAGGUAAUUGGUUACACCAGAUCUUAUUUAGGGCCUUCAUAGCAAAGGGGGUGAAUACAUAUGCACCCACCCCUUUUCCGUUUUUAAUUAUUCUUUUUUUUUUACAAGGUCUUUUUUUUCAUUUCAAUCCACCAAUUGGGAAUAUUUUGUGUAUGUCCAUUACAUCAAGUAAAAAUGUAAAUAUAUUUAAAUUACAGGUUGUAAUGCAACAAAAUAGGAAAAACACCAAGGGGGUGAAUACUUUUGCAAGGCUCUGUACAUGGUUUCAUUAGGACUGAACAGUCACCUUUAACGACUCUGUUAUACAUGGUUUCAUUAGGACUGAACAGUCACCUUUGUACAAACUGGAAAUACUGCCUGAACCAAUAACUUGAUAAUAGCAAUGCACAGAGCAGGACAGUCCACUGUAUCACCCCAAGAGCAGGACAGUCCACUGUAUCACCCCAAGAGCAGGACAGUCCACGGUAUCACCCCAGGAGCAGGACAGUCCACUGUAUCACCCCAAGAGCAGGACAGUCCACUGUAUCACCCCAAGAGCAGGACAGUCCACUGUGUCACCCCAGGAGUAGGACAGUCUACUGUAUCACCCCAGGAGUAGGACAGUCCACUGUAUCACCCCAAGAGCAGGACAGUCCACUGUGUCACCCCAGGAGUAGGACAGUCCACUGUAUCACCCCAAGAGUAGGACAGUCCACUGUAUCACCCCAAGAGUAGGAC